UGAAAUCACAUGCAGCUGAUGGUGUUAUAUGGGAUUGAAGUCCUGAAGUCACACUUGCCAGAGCACCACCUGUUCACACCACCACAAUGACAUUAACAGUUAGAUAUCAUAAAAAAGAAAAUAUUUUCUUGGUUAGAUCAUCCAAAUUAGGCUGGAGUUUUUUCUCCCUAUAUACCUAGCUAACCUAGUGUUUCUUCCCACUAUAUAUGAAUGUGAAUGUUUAAUUACAGCUUUGUACAGUAUAUAUACAUAAAAGUACGGUACAUAAAACAAAAAUUAGUAAAAUCUAUUUCAAAGAUAUGUACAAAUUCAAAUAUAUAUAUACAUAAUAUUUUAGUUCCUCAGGUAAAGGCCAAUCUAUAUUUAAGCAAAAGUUAACAGAAGUAAGCAUUGAUACACAUACAUAUAAGCCAAAAGUACUUAGUCACGGUCUCUCCCUAUAAACUCACUAUUUAUAUAAAUAUUUAUAUACACUCCAUUAUUGUAUAUACGUAUCUACAUUUUGAGGGUCACCCUUUAUCAUAUAUAUAUAUACACGUAAAAAAUUUCUCUUAAUUAUUUCUUUCCCACUCAAAUAUCACCUCUCUCUCUCUCUGCAUGGUCUCAUAUUAUUUCAUGCAGAAAAUGCAAACCGUAAUUCCCAAACUACCCCUCGUCCUCCUCCUCAAACCAUUCCUACUCUCCCUCUUCUUCUCCAUUCUCUUUCUCACUCUUCUCUCCUCCCAAACGCCACGUCACCCCAAAUCCACAACCGCUUCGGCCGGCUCCGACCUCCGAAUCCGACCCGGUUACACCACCUACGAAUCCUACAUCCACCACCAGCUUAACAAAACCCUCAACCCAAGACUCCGCAAAAUAUGGACCACGAGCGAUUGGGACCGGAAAGUCCGAGUCUUUACCGCAUUCUUCGCUAACCUCACGCGCCGUAACCUCCUCUCAAACUCAUCCAAAUCGCUCUGUAUCGGGGCCCGCGUAGGCCAGGAGGUUUCGGCCCUUAGGCGCGUUGGCGUCUCUGAUUCAAUCGGAGUCGACCUCGUCCCUCACCCGCCGCUCGUGGUAGGGGGUGACUUCCACGCGCUUCCAUUCGCGAACGAGACGUUCGAGUUCGAGUUUUCGAACGUGUUCGACCACGCGCUGUACCCGGAGAAGUUCGUUGGGGAGAUCGAACGGACGAUGAAGGGUGGAGGAAUCUGCGCCCUACACGUGUCGAUUAAUAAAAGGGGUGAUAAGUACUCGGCUAACGAUCUGUUUAGUGUGGGCCCUUUGGUUGAGUUGUUUAAAGAGUCUGAGCUUGUGGAGGUUAGACCCGUCGACGGCUUCGGCCUCGAUACUGAAGUCGUUUUUCGGAAGAAAAUUAUUCAUCAAUAAAAUGUUAUAUAUUAUUAAUUGUAAUAUUUAUUCUAAUUUCUUAUGUUUUAGUUUAAUGUAUGAUGAUUGUACUGAAGUACAUUAAUUAGUUAGUUUCAUAUAUGAUCUACUAGAG